AUGAAUGUGCUAGAUCAUGUACGGGAUAUGGCUGCUGCCGGCCUUCACUCUAAUGUUCGGAUAUUGAGCAGUUUGUUGCUGACAAUGAGUAAUAACAACCCGGAGCUGUUGUCACCGGCCCAGAAGUACCAGCUGCUGGUUUACCAUGCCGAUGCCAUCUUUCAUGACAAAGAGUACCGUAAUGCAGCCUGCAAAUACAGUAUGGCACUGCAGCAGAAGAAGGUGCUCAGCAAAACAUCUAAAGUUCGUACUUCUACUGGUGGAGCCGCGUCUAACAUACAAGCACAGAGUUUGCCCUCUGAAAUUGAGAUAAAGUACAAAAUAGCUGAAUGUUACACAAUCCUGAAACUGGACAAAGAUGCUGUUGCAGUGCUUGAUGGGAUUCCAUCCAGACAGAGGACUCCAAAGAUCAACAUGAUGCUAGCAAACUUGUACAGGAAAGCUGGUCAGGAACGUUCUGCAGUGACAAGCUACAAAGAGGUCCUCAGACAGUGUCCCCUUGCUCUGGAUGCCAUCAUCGGCCUUCUCUCUCUGUCCAUCAAAGGAGCUGAAGUUGCAUCUAUGACCAUGGAUGUGAUUCAGAGUAUCCCCAACCUGGACUGGCUGUCUGUUUGGAUCAAGGCUUAUGCUUUCAUACAUGCAGGAGACAAUCAAAGAGCCAUCAACACCAUCUGCUCUUUGGAGAAGAAGUCUCUGUUGCGGGAUAAUGUGGACCUGCUGGUUAGUCUGGCAGACGUUUACUUCAGGGCCGGUGAUACUAAGAAUGCCAUCCUCAAAUUUGAACAAGCCCAGAUGCUGGACCCGUACCUCAUCAAAGGGAUGGACGUGUAUGGUUACCUGAUGGCACGUGAGGGACAUUUGGAGGAUGUUGAAGUCCUGGGUGGGCGAUUGUUUAAUAUCUCAGACCAGCAUGCUGAACCUUGGGUCAUCUCUGGUUGUCACAGCUUUUACAGUAAGCGUUACUCCAGAGCUCUUUACCUCGGGGCAAAGGCCAUCCAGCUGAACAGUAACAGUGUGCAGGCGCUGCUCCUGAAGGGGGCAGCGCUGAGAAACAUGGGCCGAGUUCAGGAAGCCAUCAUCCACUUCAGAGAGGCCAUGCGUUUAGCUCCCUGUCGACUUGACUGCUAUGAAGGUCUGAUCGACUGUUACCUGGCAUCCAAUGGGAUUCGAGAGGCGAUGGGAAUGGCCAAUAACAUCUAUAAAACUCUGGGGGCCAACGCUCAGACCCUGACCAUUCUGGCUACAGUGUGCCUUGAAGACCCUGUGACUCAGGAGAAAGCCAAAACGCUGCUGGACAAAGCGCUCGCCCAGAGACCCGACUACACCAAGGCCGUGGUCAAAAAGGCCGAACUCCUCAGCCGGGAGCAGAAAUAUGAAGAGGGCAUUGUUCUCCUCCGAAAUGCCCUGGCCAAUCAGAGUGACUGUGUCCUGCACAGAAUGCUGGGAGAUUUUCUGGUGGCAGUUAAUGAUUAUCAAGAAGCCAUGGAUCAGUACAGUAUCGCACUAAGUCUGGAUCCUAACGACCAGAAGUCACUGGAGGGGAUGCAGAAGAUGGAGAAGGAGGAGAGUCCCACAGACGCCACGGUGGAGCUGGACGGAGACGACAUGGAGGGCAGCGGGGAGGACGGGGACCUGGAGGGCAGCGACAGCGAAGCGGCUCAGUGGGCCGAUCAGGAACAGUGGUUUGGGAUGCAAUGACCUCCGACCUUUACGUCACCAUCAGCUGACACUCUGCAGCCUUCAGACUCCAGGGACGGGAUACGAGACUGAUCACAAACACAGCUCUGAUGUUUGUGUCUCUGGAUGAACUGAUGCCGGGUUUGCAGUUCAGCUCCUGGACUAACAGUGCUUUUAUGGAAAAGCAGCUUGAUGGAAAAACUCCAGCCAUUUUCAGCCCAGUGUUUUACUCCCCCCUCCAUCAUCAUCAUCAUCAUCAUCCUGACAAUCUUCUUCAGCUACUUCACUGAAGAGAUACUUGAGGUUUGUCAGCUCAUUCUCCACAGCUGAAAUCCACAGCCAUCUUUUUACACCUUCAUUUGUUCGUGGUUUUAUCUUCAACAGUUUGGCAUUAUCAGAAAAAUGAACUAUUUAACAUGAAAAGACUGCAAAGUAAGAAUCGAUAUAUAUGUAUAAAGAAAGACUUCCUGAAUGCUUUAUCGUUAAGUCUAAAAUGGCUGGUGUUGUUUUACAAGUCACAGAACAGACAGGAGAAUAAUUUACAUUCUGACUCAGUCGUUGCUGCAGAAGAAAUGAGGUGUUACUGCAUCCAAGACUCAGAAACCUUAAUUUGCCAUGUUUGUAUCUGACAGGAUUCUGUGAAAAAA